AACAAAAAUAAAAUAAAAUAAAAGCGAGGAGGGACGCAAGCACUGAAACGUUAGAUAUUUUAUUCCUAUUUUACCCCUUCAAGUUUACGUAAUUCACAAGAUGAAGCUACUCCGUCUUUCAUCUCAUGCUGGUGUUAUAGUUACGCCCUCAUCAUCAGUCCAAGUUUGAAUAGUUGCUUGUUUCGAUGGCAGCUGCUUGUUCAAGCUCUGACGUGGAAGCUGUGAUGGAAUUCUUGAGAAAGAAUGGAUUCAAGGAGGUUGAGUCAGCUCUGAAAGAAGAUAUGAUGGAAAAAUGUGACUUCGGUUCGUUUGAUUAUGAGAAGUUUUUGUUCCCGGUGUUGCCUCCUGUGAGGAUUCCGACCACUCUCAGGCGACUAGAGGUUGAAGAAAAUAUCGGUGGUGAUGAAAGAUCAUCAAGAUCAAGUUUUGUUUCUUCUGAUGAUGAUGAUGAGUUUGUAAGCGUGGGUUCUUCUACCACCGGAGCUUGUUCUUCCGAUUUCACAAACCCAUAUGGACGGCAUUCUGCAUCUCAGGGUAAUUCUGAUGCAUCAUCUGAUAGCUUAUCUCAGUUUGAUACAGCACGUGAUUACCCUGAUUAUGAUAUGCAAAGUGAUAUCUAUUGGCGUGAUGUGAAAGACGAAGGCUGCUUCUUGACUCCCUGCUUUGGAGGGCCCGACUUCUUUGGCUGUACAAGUGAGGAUAAGUUCAUCACAACUUCAGAUACUGAGAAGCCAUUUGAAAAUUCGUUAGCAGUAUAUGAUCAGUCAGAAGGAUUGCAAUCAGAGACAAGCAUUGAUUACUUGGAUAAGCCGUGCCUACUUAGCAUCCCCCGGUUGAAUGACAAAAAUGAGUUUCAAGUGACAGAUUAUUCUGAUUCUGAUAAGAAAAACCAGCAUGAAGAAAUCAUGGAAGAUAUGCUCAAGAAUUGUGCUACUUAUGGCUGUUCAGAGACGUUAGUGUAUGGUGAGAAUCUGGAAGACUAUGGUUUCCUAAUCUCUAAAGAGACUGAUUUAUAUGAUCUUCAAAUGAAAGUUGUUGGGGAUUCUUCAACUGAUUGUGAUUUAUCUUUUCAUCAUGGAAAUAAAAAGACCUCUGGCUACUCCAUUAAUAGGCAUUCAAGCAAUGAGUGGAUUGAAGGGUUUAAAGAUGCAUCAAAUUUUCAUGUUAAGGAUAUCAAGAAAGAUUUUAUGUCAAAUGGAAUUGAUGGCUAUGACAUAGGAGAUUUUAAAUUUAAUGGACUCAAUGAAUCUAAGGCAGAUGAAGAUGGAGAAGAUGUUAAUGCUAAUGACCUUCUUAUGUGUGAUAAUCAUGAGGAAGAAUAUGAAAUAUUCAAUCUGCGGAUCAUACACAGGAAAAACAGGACUGGAUUUGAAGAAAACAAGGAUCUGCAUAUUGUGCUAAAUACUGUCAUUGCAGGCAGAUAUUACGUGACAGAAUACUUAGGCUCAGCAGCUUUCAGUAAGGUUUUUCAGGCACAUGAUCUUCACACAGGACUGGAUGUUUGCCUGAAGAUCAUAAAGAAUGAUAAAGAUUUUUUUGAUCAGAGUUUAGAUGAAAUUAAACUUCUCAAGCUUGUGAACCAGCACGAUCCUGGUGAUGAACACCACAUUUUGCGUCUGUUUGACUACUUUUAUCAUCAGGAGCAUCUGUUCAUUGUUUGCGAGCUCCUUCGAGCAAAUCUCUAUGAAUUUCAGAAAUUUAAUCAAGAAUCUGGUGGAGAAGCAUAUUUUUCUCUAAGCAGGUUGCAGUUGAUAACUCGUCAAUGUUUAGAGGCAUUGGAGUACUUGCAUAACUUGGGAAUUCUUCAUUGUGAUCUAAAGCCUGAAAAUAUUCUUCUCAAAAGUUACAAAAGGUGUGAGAUAAAGAUCAUUGAUCUGGGAAGCAGCUGCUUUGUAACUGACAACUUGUGCCUGUAUGUACAAUCGCGAUCCUAUAGAGCGCCUGAAGUUAUCUUGGGCCUUCCGUAUGACCAAAAGAUUGAUUUGUGGUCUCUUGGCUGUAUUCUGGCCGAGCUAUGCUCUGGCGAAGUUCUCUUUCCAAAUGAUGCCGUUGCAAUGAUCCUUGCACGUAUGAUUGGGAUGCUGGGUCCUAUUGAUCUGGACAUGCUGGUGAAUGGGCAGGAGACAUACAAGUACUUCACAAAAGAAUACGAUCUUUUCUUUGUAAAUGAGGAGACAGAUCAACUAGAAUACAUAAUUCCUGAGGAGUACUCACUGGAGCAUCAACUGCAAGUCUCUGAUGCUAAGUUUAUUGACUUCAUAAGAAAUUUGCUCGAGAUCAAUCCCCUCAGGCGCCCAACUGCAAGGGAGGCAUUGGAGCACCCAUGGCUUUCACAUUCAUACUAGUCUUAUUCUCCCUGAAUUCCUGGAGGACUGAUCAUUUUUGUGGGUUUGAGCAUUUUUGGAGUGCAUUUGGUUCCGUUUCAGUUUUGAUCUUAUGUAAAUGCAAAUACAGCAACCUUCUCAUACAACAUAUAUGUUUGUUAAUUUAUUCUGUACAAAAAACACCAUGAAAAAGAAAUUCCCACUUUUCCCCCGCUUAUUAAGCAGGGUUUGUUUGUAAAUCGCAGGCAAAUCAAUUGUUAACAGAAAGAUAUUAAUAAUAAGUGAAAAAAAAACAUUGCAGUGCUUA